AUGUUGUUUUUAAAUCGUCUUAAUAGUUUUGUUUUGAAAAAGUUAAAAUUAAUAUUAAAUCGAGAUAUAAUAAUGUAUAGCGACUGGAGUUAUGGAUUAAUUAAGGUAGUCAAUGAAAAGAGGAAUAUCCUAUUGCAGUCUGAGACAUUGGCAGUGAUCAGAGACAGUUUUCCAAAAGCAACAUUUCAUUUCUUGGUAAUUCCAUUUGACGAUGAUUUAGACACGAUUUAUGACUUGAACGAUGGUCAUUUGGAUCUGAUUGAUGAGUUUGAGCUGUUAGGAAUCAAUGUAGUGGAAGCAACAGGCAACAAAGUUGAGAAUUUCGCUUUUGGAUUCCAUGCAAAGCCGUCAAUGAGAAGACUGCAUCUUCACGUUGUCAGCAAAGAUUUCAACAGCCAAUGCCUAAAACAUAAAAAGCACUGGAACAGCUUUAACACAGACUUUUUGGUGCCAGUAGAAAAAGUCAGAAAUGAGUUAAAAAGUAAUGGUCAUGUCCAACAGCUAUCAGAUGAGACACUACAGAAAUUAAUAAAUACACCUCUGAAAUGUAAUACAUGCUCAUACAUUCCGAAGCAUAUGCCAGAUCUAAAAAAGCAUUUAAUUACUCAUCUACCUAAUUAUAUUGAUAAAAACAGUUCGUUCCUUUCCUUAUUCGAAAAAAAUGGUUAA